CCCCCCGUGUGUUUUCUUUCGCGGACUGGAGCGGGAUAGGUCGGCGACCGAGCGAGGAGGCGGGCUCGCCAUUGUAGCGCGUAAUCCGAAUUUAGCUACCGGAGGAGGCUAGGCUCGGUCGGAGUCGCUGCAGAAGGCAGGCACCAUGUGGCGUCGCUCCCCAGCAGGCCCAAGCCCCAGGAGAGGUUCCCCCACCUCUCCUCGUCGCCGAGGACGGCCACCAGCGUCUCCACGCCGAGGUCGGCCACCAGCGUCUCCACGCCGAGGACGGCCACCAGCAUCUCCACGCCGAGGACGGCCACAGGCGACUCCACGCCCCCGCCCCCAGGAGGAACCUGCUCAGGAGCGGCCAGUGCGGCGGCGGAGACGAUACCGGCCCGGCCAGCGGGCCAUGCUAGAGAUCCGGAAGUACCAGAAGAGCACCAGCCUGCUGAUCCAGAAGCUGCCCUUUGCCCGUCUGGUGCGUGAGAUCUGCCUGGAGUUCACUCGGGGGGUCGAUAUGUACUGGCAGGGGAUGGCUUUGCUUGCCUUGCAGGAGGCUGCUGAAGCAUUUCUCGUACAUCUGAUGGAGGAUGCCUACCUGUGCACCAUUCAUGCCAAACGGGUCACUCUCUUCCCCAAGGAUAUACAGCUGGCUCGGCGGAUCCGCGGCUAUCAGGAAGGAUUGGGGUAGAACCCAUUCCCCUGAGCUGGAGAAUCUGUCUCCCAAGACUGGGGAAAAGGAAACUCUUUCUGAGGAGAAGUCCCAGAUUUUGGGCUUAAAGCUUUCUUCAGGACAGAGGCCUAAAUUGUUCCACUUGAUAAUCAAGGUCAUAUUGGAAGGUCCGAUCCAACCAAGAGUUCAACCACAAUAUUUUAAAUAGAAGCGGUUUUUAUCUUUCCUGCUUCUUUUUCUUGUAAACAAAAGUACUGAAUACUUGACUGGGCUAUGCUUACAGCGUUAAUUUUUUUUUACUGUUUUUAUAAGAGAUUUUUAUAUGGCCCUUGGUGUGUUCCCACAUUCUACUCUCUGUAUCCUCUCUGCAGGCACACAAUUUUUAAACUCAUUUUUUGUUCAUUUCUAACCCUUUUGAAAAUUUCCUCCAUUCUUACCUUCACAUUUUUUUACCUCAGAAAUGAGACAAUAAUGGGUGAGAAGUGGUCAACGCUCUCCAAACAUCUUCAGGGGUGUAAAUUCUCCAUCAAAGCCUGUUCCCUGCCUGAAGAUGGGAGGGAUACAAAUCCUGCCAGAAAGGUAGCCAAGAAAGCCUCUGUGGUGAUAAGAGGGCCUGAAAAUCUCAUUCUCUAGCUGCUUCCUAAAUGCCAUGUUCAUUCCUCAGAGAGAGGACUCUUGGGUGGAAGAGAUUGUGCGUGGAAUGGCAUGGCAAUAAAAGAGCUGUUCCAUUCUAAUUUUAUUAUACCGAAUGUUGAAUAAAAUACUUUUCAUUA